CACUCAUGGACCGCUGAGCCCACCCUUUGCGGCGGCGGGCAAGGCAGCGAGGCGUCUCCAGUCUCCACCCUCCACCACCGAUCCGCCGGGGCGUCAUCCGUCGUCGAUGGCGAACCCGAGGAGAGCCAUCGCGCUGCACAUCCAGACCCAGCCGCCGCCGCUUCCCCCCACCGCCGCCGCCCUGCCGCCGCACUCCCCCCUGACAUCGUCGCUGCUGCACUUCCUGAAGCGGCCGGCGUCCUUCCCCUUCCUCCUCUCCUUCUUCGUGCUCCUCACAUGGCUCUCCCUCCGCUUCCACCGCCCCUCCCCUCCACCCUCCCUUGGCGGCCGUCCUGCCGUCGCCCGCGACCCUCAGGCCAACCUCAUCCGCUUCCCCGCCGCGCUCCAUCCCACGCCCAUCGCCGCUGACGGGCGCGGGUGGCUCCUCGAUCCCGUCGCCGCCGCCCGACACGCCGGCCUACCAGGUGGGGCUCUGGUCUGUUUAUCACUGCACGUAGGACAAAUCCAGCCAGGUGGUUUACGUGGCAAUCAUCGUCACCAUACAUGCAAUGAAACAUUCGUCAUCUGGGGUGCGAAGACAAAAUUUAGGUUAGAAAAUGCUGAUGUAGAAGAUAAAGGAUAUGGAGAAGCAAUAAUUGCUGCUGACGAGGUCGGCAUUGUUGCAAGCAGAAAAUCAACUGCACAUGCCUUGAUCAAUAUGGAUGUGCAACCGACCUUCUUCAUCGGAUGUCAGGAUACACCGAUUAAUCCCAACAGCUCAAAUACUGACUAUAAGGUCUGGAAAGAUCUAUGACAUUCACAUUAUUUGUAUGAUCUGAUGGUGAGCAAGUGUCACUCAGGCCUAAUAUGAUGGGUAGAAAUGGGAAGCAACUUGUAGCCUCAAAAUAUCAUCUUGGUCCUGUUGUAGUUCUUUCUAUGAUCAGAUAUCGGUGUAUAGUUUUCAGAGCACGAGCAGUUGACUUUUGAUUCUUUUGUUUGGCAUGCCUAAUUUUUUGUAGGAAGUUGUUUAUUUU